CGCGAGGAAAGAGCCGCGGGCGGGGCGCGCAGGAACCAGACCUGGUCCCGCGGGGCUCUCACCUCCGCGCCGGUCCGCAUCCGACUCCACCGCGCCCCGGCAAUGCGCGGCCUCGGGCUUUGGCUGCUGGGCGCGCUGGGGCUGCCUGCCAUGGCCCCCAGCCGGCCCUGGGCCCCCUUGGAGCAGUAUGAGGUGGUGCUGCCUCGGCGCCUGCCAGGACCCCGGGCCCGACGAGCUCUGCCCUCCCACUCGGGCCUGUACCCAGAGAGAGUGAGCUAUGUCCUUGCGGCCGCAGGGCACAGCUUCACCCUGCACCUGCGGAAGAACAGGGACCUGCUGGGCUCGGGCUACACAGAGACCUACACAGCUGCCAAUGGCUCCGAGGUGACGGAGCAGCCGAGAGGGCAGGACCUCUGCUUCUACCAGGGCCACGUGGAGGGGCACGCAGACUCAGCCGCCAGCAUCAGCACCUGUUUGGGCCUCAGGGGCUUCUUCCAGGUGGGCUCAGACCUGCACCUGAUCGAGCCCCUGGAUGAAGGUGGCGAGGGCGGGCGGCAUGCCAUGUACCCGGCUGAGCAGCUGCUGCAGACGGCCGGGACCUGCGGAGUCAGCAACGACACCCUGGGCAGACUCCUGGGGCCCCGGACAGCCGCCGUGUUCAGGUCUUGGCCUGGGGGCCCUCCGUCGUUCAGAGGCACGCGCUACGUGGAGCUGUACGUGGUCACAGAUAAUGCAGAGUUCCAGCAGGUGGGGAGUGAAGCCGCUGUGCGCCAUCGGGUGCUGGAGGUGGUGAACCACGUGGACAAACUAUAUCAGAAACUCAACAUCCGUGUGGUCCUGGUGGGCCUGGAGAUCUGGAAUGGCCAGGACAGGUUCCACGUCAGCCCCAACUUCAGCGUCACACUGGAGAACCUCCUGGCCUGGCGGGCACAGGGACUGACGCGGCGGCGCCCACAUGACAACGUGCAGCUCAUCACGGCCGUGGACUUCACCGGGGACACUGUGGGGUUUGCCAGGGUGUCUGCCAUGUGCUCCCACAGCUCGGGGGCUGUGAAUCAGGACCACAGCAAGAACCCCGUGGGCGUGGCCUGCACCAUGGCCCACGAGAUGGGCCACAACCUGGGCAUGGACCACGAUGAGCAGGUCCACGGCUGCCACUGCCGGGAGCCCUCCGAGGGCAUCCGCUGCAUCAUGGCAGGCAGGAUUAGCCCCAGGUUCCCCAGGAUGUUCAGUGACUGCAGCCAGGCCUACCUGGAGAGCUUUCUGGGGCAGCCGCAGUCCACCUGCCUGGCCAACGCCCCCGACCUCAGCCUCCUGGUGGGCGGCCCAGUGUGCGGAAACCUGUUUGUGGAACGUGGGGAGCAGUGCGACUGCGGCCCCCCCGAGGAAUGCCGGAACCGCUGCUGCAACUCCACCACCUGCCAGCUGGUCCAGGGGGCACAGUGUGCACAUGGCACCUGCUGCCAGGAGUGCAGGGUGAAGCUGGCUGGUGAGCUGUGCCGCCCCCAGAAAGACACGUGUGACCUGGAGGAGUUCUGUGACGGCCGGCACCCCGAGUGCCCGGAAGACGCUUUCCAGGAGAACGGCACGCCCUGCUUUGGGGGCUACUGCUACAACGGGACCUGCCCUACCCUGGCCCAGCGGUGCCAGGCCUUAUGGGGGCCAGGUGGGCAUGCUGCCAAGGAGUCCUGCUUCCUCUACGACGUCUCACCAAACUGCAGGAGCAGCCGGAACAGAGCCGACAUGUGUGGCACUCUGCAAUGCCAGGGCGGGCAGCAUCCCCCGGGGCGCAGCUCCUGCAUCCUGAAUGACGUAUGCCGUGCACUUACCACAGAGGGUGGUGUUGCCUAUGAGCCAGUGCCCGAAGGCACCCGAUGCGGACCGGAGAAGGUUUGCUGGAAAGGACGUUGCCAGGACUUACACGUUUACAGAUCCAGAAACUGCUCUGCCCAGUGCCACAACCAUGGGGUGUGCAACCACAAGCAGGAGUGCCACUGCCACGCGGGCUGGGCCCCACCCCACUGUGCGGAGCUGCUGACUGAGGCGCACACAGCGUCCGAGAGCCUCCCCGUGGUCCUGGUGGUGGUCCUGGUGCUCUUGGCAGUUGUGGUGGUCACCCUGGUAGGCGGUGUCAUCUACCGCAAAGCCCGGAGCCGCGUUGAGAGCAGGAGCGCGGCCCCCAAGACCACCAUGGGACGCUCCAACCCCCUGUUCCACCAGGCAUCCCGCAGUGUGCUGGCCAAGGGCGGGGCUCCAGCCCCAACGAGGGUCCCCCACGAGCAGGUCCCCACCACCCACCUGGGCCAGCCUGCUGGACACCCGGCCUCCUCUAUGGCCCUGAAGAGGCCGCCCCCUGCUCCUCCGGCCGCUGUGUCCAGCACCCCCUUCCCAGUUCCUGUCUAUACUCAGUUGCCGCCAAAGCAGGUCGUCAGGCCGACGUUCACACCCCCAGUGCCCCCAGUCAAACCCGGGGCUGGCACAGCCAAGCCUGGUGCAGCUGAGGGGGCUGUUGGCCCAAAGGUUGCCCUGAAGCCCCCCAUCCAGAGGAAGCCAGGGGCCGGAGCUCCCACACUGCCCUAGGGGCACCUGUGCCUGCCUGGAAUUUUGGAGAAGUUGCAGCGGAGCAGCCAGCCUUGCGGCAUUCCAGGGCCCAGCCAGGGCCACGCAGCCCAGGACUCCGAGUUUGCUUACUCAGCUGCUGUUCUGACCUCAGGAAUGCAUCCAGCUGAGACUCCUGCUGUCCAGCCCCUCAGCCACUCCCUUCUCCCACCUUGGCCACGCGUAGCCACAGCCGCCUGCUGGCAUCAGGCCAGGAUGAGCUGUGUGCCUGUGCCUGCACGUGUACGUACGUGUCUCCAGGAGGCCACACACGGCCCCUCCUGGCUAUGCCUGCCCUGCCCUGCCCUGUGGCCUCUGAACCCUCUGCCCUGGGGACCCCAUUCCGGGCAGCAUAGACAUGGAAGAUCCCCAGAAAGACCCCAUCCCAGGACUGGGUUACCCUGGGUGCUUUUCAAGAGGGUGUCAGUGAGCAGACUGUACCCCAAGACUCUGGACUCCAGACCCCCUGAUCCUGGGGCCCGUUACCCAUGGGAUGUGAGAGGAACAGCCCCAGCUCUGUGUGCUUAAGCUUAGGAAUCACCUUGGUGGCAAGGGCCGCAUGGGAGGGUCAGCUGUCUUGUCCCGUUUUCUUCAUACCUCAAAUGUGCGUUCAGCGGGGCUGAAAGCUUUUAUUCUUUAAUACUGAGAAAUGCAUAUUUUCCUAAUAAAUUAUUGACCAAGUUCUAAA